AUGGCAACGGCCUACUUGCCUUACUACGAGUGUAUCAGGCGCACACUACACGCGGCCUUAUGCAUAGGGAAUUAUCCUUCACGUACUGUGGAGCGCCACAAUAAACCGGAAAUUGAGGUUGCAGAUCGCAUUGCGCAUACUGGUGAGGGAAAUGUGCAAGAGCUUCUUAACCCCAUACGCAUUGCGCGAUCAGAGCAGGAGAGUUGCCUUAUCGAACCUAGUAUAAAUAGUACGCGCAUCUCCGUAUCGUUUCUUAAGGGUGACGCUAUUGCAGAGCUUAUUGCCCGAAAAUAUGUUGGAUUUUUAGCUCAACGAGCCAAGCAGUUUCACAUAUUGAGGAAAAAGCCUAUUCCAGGGUACGACAUAAGCUUUUUAAUCACCCACGAAGAAGUGGAAACCAUGCAUCGAAGUAAGAUUAUUCAAUUUGUAAUUGCGUUCUUGAUGGAUAUUGAUGCUGACAUCGCUGCAAUGAAAUUAAAUGUGAAUCAACGCGCCCGUAGGGCAGCGAUGGAAUUUUUUCUUGCAUUAAACUUCACCUGA